UACUUUCUUCUCCUCGAAUUCUACACUCUUGAAUUUCUUCAUCAGAUCUUCAUCUACAUUUUUAUCACUUUAUGACUUUUGCCUUUCUCCUUGUUGUAACUUUCUACCAGUACUAGUGCCUCCAGUUCUCACUCUCAAAUUUCUCAAUACAGUACCAGUGCCUCCUCCAGUUCUCACUCUCAAAUUUCUCAAUACAGUGGUGGGGAGCUAUUAUUAUACAAAUUGGGGAACUGUGCAUUUUUCGUUCUUGUGUUCCACAACCACGUUCAUUAUAGUAUUAUACUAAGACCUCACUGUCUUCGAAGCAGUCAAAAGAGUCAAACCGCAAACUCCAUCCCUUAUCACAGAUCACAGAUCCUACUGUUCUUACUUUUACUCUUACCUUCCAGUGCUCAGUUCUCACAAAGACAGCAUUAGCAUUCAUUCAAUUCUCUCUAAUUCAAGAAAUGGCGGAAGGAGCUCUGCUCGACGUUGCCAAGGGAAUCAUCGGGAUAGCGGGCAAACUAGCACUCCAAGAGGUUGCGCUCAUCUGGGGUGUAAAAGACGAGAUCAACAAACUCAAGGAGACAGUUUCCACAAUCAGUGCUGUGCUUUUGGAUGCAGAGGCGAAGCAACACGACAGUGAAGAGAUCAAACUGUGGCUGAAAACGCUUAAGGAUGCGAUGUGUGAUGCAGAUGACUUGCUGGAUGAAAUCUCCACUGAGGCCUUGCGACGGGAAGUGAUGACCCGGGACAAGAAGGCCAAAGAGGUACGCAUCUUCUUUUCCAAAUCUAACCAGCUUGCAUAUGGUGUUAGAAUGGGUCAUAAGGUUAAGGAGAUGAGGGAGAGGCUAGUUGCUAUAGCUGCGGACAGGCAGUUUCACUUGGAUGAACGUCGUGAGGAGAUACAAGUCAGGAAUGAGUCAAGACGGCAGACUCAUUCCCUUGCAAGUGCUGAAGAUGUUAUUGGGAGGGAGGAGGAUAAGAAGGCCAUCAUUGGAUCUCUGUUGGAUCCCAAUGUUAAGGAGAAUGUUUCUGUCCUUCCGAUAGUUGGUAUCGGAGGACUAGGAAAGACCACAGUUGCUCAACUUGUCUUCAAUGAUAAAGAACUCAAAGACCAUUUUGAGCCAAAAGUGUGGGUGUGUGUCUCUGAGAAUUUUGAUGUGAAAAUAAUUGUUCAGAAAAUCUUGGAGUGUGUAAAAAAUGGGAAACUAGCAAAAGACCUUGAAAUGAACACGUUAGUCAAUGAUGUUCAUAAAGAAAUUAAUGGAAAAAGAUACUUGAUUGUGUUGGAUGAUGUGUGGAAUGAGGAGCGUGAAAAAUGGUUUAGUUUGAAAAAAAUUUUGAUGGGUGGCGCAAGAGGCAGUAGAAUAGUUGUGACUACACGUAGUCAAAUAGUGGCAAAGAUUUCACAGCCUAUUCAACCACAUGUGUUACAGGGUUUAGAUAAACAACAUGCUUGGUCUUUAUUUAUGAAGAUAGCGUUCAACGAGGGGCAAGAACCGAAGAAUGCAAGUUUUGUAAAUAUUGUGGAGGAGAUUUUGAAGAAAUGUGCGGGGAUUCCGCUUGCUAUAAGAACAAUAGGAGGUCUGGUAAAUUCUAAAGAAUUCACAAUAGAGUGGUUAUCAUUCAUAAACAAAGAACUUUCAAAAAUACCUCAGAAUGAAGAUGACAUUUUACCAACACUAAAGUUGAGUUACAAUCAUCUCCCGUCACACUUGAAGCAAUGCUUUGCUUACUGUAGUCUAUUUCCAAAGGAUUUAGAGAUUAACAAGUCAAGUUUGAUUAAUAUGUGGAUGGCGCAAGGGUUCAUCACGUUGUAUGACGAAAAACAAUGUUCAAAAGAUGUUGGUCAUGAGUAUUUUAUGGAUUUGCUUUGGAGAUCAUUCUUUCAAGAAGUUGAAAAAGAUGAACUUGGCAAUAUUUCAAAAUUCAAAAUACAUGACCUCAUGCAUGAUAUAGCAAUACAAGUAACGGGAUCAGAGAGCACCACUAUUUAUUCAAAAGAGAAAGACAUUGACGAGAAAACUCGGCAUGUGUCAUUUGGGGAUAUAUUGCACUCAUCAUCGGAUAUUCCAAUCUCAUUAUCCAAAGCAAGAAGGAUAAGAACAUUUCUUUUGCCAUGUCAACCAUGUCAACCAGACCGAGGGUAUGAAACCAUGAAAUCAAAUGAUUCAAUUUCUAGUGAAAUUAUUGCAAGUUUUAAGUUCAUACGCUUGUUGGAUAUGCAUGACAUGGGGAUUAAAACAAUUCCAAGUUCUAUCAAAAAGUUGAAGCAUCUAAGAUAUCUUGAUCUUUCUUGGAAUGGAGGUAUUGUGAUACUUCCUAAUUCUAUUGUCAAGUUGUACAAUUUGCAAACACUUAAACUCUCUUACUGUGUUAGUCUUAAAGAGUUGCCAAGAAAUAUUAACAAAUUAGUCAACCUCAGGUUUCUUGAGAUUGAUGGGUGUUUGGAGUUGACUCAUAUGCCCAAUGGACUGGGCCAAUUGACUAAUCUACAAACGUUGUCAAAAUUUGUGAUGAGUGAGGGUAGCAUCGAUUCAGUGCCUAAGGAUAGCGGUGGAUUGAAGGAACUUACCAGGCUAAAUGAGCUAAGAGGAAAUCUAUCAAUUGAAAAUCUCAAACACGGAAAAGAUGCCGCAUUAGAGUAUAAGGAUGCAAAUUUGAAAGAGAAACAACGUCUUGAUAAGUUGGACUUAAAUUGGGUAUACGAAGACAUUGAUGAGACAGGUGCCGAUUAUGAUUACAUGUCAUUGGAAGCCUUGCAACCACAUAUAAAUCUCAAAGCAUUGAGUUUAGAGCGGUACGGGGGAGUGAGAUUUCCACGUUGGUUUCUGUCCCUCAGAAAUCUUGUCCAAUUUAAAUUAGAUUCAUGUAAUAACUGCCAAUAUCUUCCACCGUUGGACCAAUUUCCUUCUCUCAAAAUUAUUUAUUUGGGCGGAUUGGAUUGUUUAGAGCACAUAUCAGAUUCAGAGAGAGGUAACAGUGAUUCUUUAUUCUACCCAUCUUUGGAGACACUCGAUAUUUGGAAUUGCCCUAAUUUAAAGGGAUGGUGGCGGGGAAGGAGGGAUUCUCUUCCUUCAUUUCCUCGUCUUUCCAACUUAGAAAUUUUUAGAUGCCCUCAGAUGACUUCCUUUCCUUUGUUUCCAUAUCUCGAAAGAUUGAGGCUAAUUAAUUGUAAGUGUAGCUUGAAGCAGUCAUGGGAGAGGAUGAUGAUAAACAACAAGACUUCUUCAGGGAAUCUACCAUCAAUUGCUUAUUCUUCUUCUUCUUCUACAAUUGUUGCCCCUCUCUCCAAAUUAAGCUACAUUGAAAUAAAGAACACGGAAGAAGCUUUGCCAGAGGAGUGCCUACAAAAUCUCAUUUCUCUCCGUACUCUACAGCUAGACAACUGUCCUCUUCCUCAAGGCAUUCGAUAUCUUACGGCACUUCAAAGUCUGGAAGUUAGGUACUCUGAGGUGGUUGAUUUAUCCAAUGAUUGGGAUGAGAUGGAAUGGCAAGGACUUACGACCCUUCUCUCUUUGGAUUUCUGUUUACUUCCGAAGUUGGUCUCUUUCCCAAUGGGGCUUCAAUAUCUCAGCUCUCUACAAAAUCUUAGAAUUUGGUAUUGUCGUAAUUUGAUAGCCAUACCGGAGUGGAUCAGCAAACUUAUAUCUCUUCAGAAUCUUUCAAUUUGGGAUCGCCCUAAAUUGGAAUCAUUGCCAGAAGGAUUCGGUGCCCUGAAUUUGCAAACACUAUACAUUGGAGGAUGUCCCAUCUUAUGGAAAAGAUGCAAGAGGCAAAUCGGGGAAGAUUGGCAUAAAAUUUCUCACAUUCCCAAUUUGGAAGUCAGAUGAAGAAGAGCCAAAUGAAGAAGCAAAGGAACCUGCUCGUCAGAAUUGGGACUUAAUUAAAGCUUUUGGGUGCUGCAAUUGUUCAACUCAGCAACUCACUCACUGAGUCAAAAUUGGCAAAAGGUAAUAUUACUAGGAGAAUUGACAGAUACUCAUGCCGUAGGAAUCAGCUCAUUGUACAGAAAUAUUGCAAUCAAGACGGUUCCUUUUUUUUGAAGCUAUUUUUUCCCCGGAUAGUAACAGUAGAACUUGAUGCAUCAUUUUAAUGCGAGUGCUUAAGGCUUUUCUCAUGUGCUUUAGGCUUACUCAAGUGAAUCAUCAAUGGAGUUCUAAAUAUCCAAAGAUACUUCCCAUAGUAAUGUGGGAGCUGUUUCACCAGUUCGUGUAGCAAACGAGAUAUGCAUGCAUCAUAGUGCUUCUUUUAAGACAUUUUAGCUUUAUCUUUUGAAUGGGAAAGGGAGAGGAAGAGGAGGAAUUUAAUUCCUAUGAACUAUAAUAACAUGGAACACAUGAUUGGAAACUACUUUGCAUAUCUUUUCUCACUUAUUUGAAAAAUGUCAGAGGAACUAGGUCAAGAGUGCAUUAACCAGCUCACAUCCCAGAGAUUCAAAUUUCUUUUGGAAGGAUUUAGCUCAAGUUUCUCAUAUCCCUCCAAAUUUCUCAAGUACUUAUUUUAUCAGUAAAGAAUUUGUCAGAUACUAAUCUUGUUCUCU